GGGACAGAACAGGAAGUCCAGCAGCCAGUGUCAGAGCCUGGAGCAGCUCCUCUCCUUCUUGGGGUUGAGUUCCUUGGUUUUCUUGUUUCACCUUUGCUACCCCACUGCAGUUCUUCUACCACGCUGGGUUUAGCAUGAAUCAGGAGUUGAUGCCCAGCCAAGGACAGAGAAAAACAUCCAGAUUUGGGAAUACAAUAACAGAUAUGAUAGUCCCCACUUCUACUGCCAAAAUUUUAAAACUGUUAACUCCUCCUCAUCAGCUUACCUGACUACUUCCAAGCAAAAGAGAUAAUGAAGUAUUACUAACUGGUGAUACUAGAUCAAUGAAGAAAUCACUAAACCUUGGCCAUGGUCACUUCCUCUUUUCCAACCUCUGUGGCAGUUUUUGCCCUAAUAACCCUGCAGGUUGGUACUCAGGACAGUUUUAUAGCUGCAGUGUAUGAACAUGCUGUCAUUUUGCCAAAUAAAACAGAAACACCGGUUUCUCAGGAGGAUGCCUUGAAUCUCAUGAACAAGAAUAUAGACAUUCUGGAGAGAGCGAUCAAGCAGGCAGCUGAGCAGGGUGCACGAAUCAUUGUGACUCCAGAAGAUGCACUUUAUGGAUGGAAAUUUACCAGGGAAACUGUUUUCCCUUAUCUGGAGGAUAUCCCAGACCCUCAGGUGAACUGGAUUCCAUGUCAAGACCCCCACAGAUUUGGUCACACACCAGUACAAGCAAGACUCAGCUGCCUGGCCAAGAACAACUCUAUCUAUGUCUUGGCAAAUUUGGGGGACAAAAAGCCAUGUAAUUCCCGUGACUCCACAUGUCCUCCUAAUGGCUACUUUCAAUACAAUACCAAUGUGGUGUAUAAUACAGAAGGAAAACUCGUAGCACGUUACCAUAAGUACCACCUGUACUCUGAGCCUCAGUUUGACGUCCCUGAAAAGCCGGAGCUGGUGACUUUCAACACCACAUUUGGAAGGUUUGGCAUUUUCACGUGCUUUGAUAUAUUCUUCUAUGAUCCCGGUGUUACCCUGGUGAAAGAUUUCCAUGUGGACACCAUACUGUUUCCCACAGCUUGGAUGAAUGUUUUGCCCCUUUUGACAGCUAUUGAAUUCCAUUCAGCUUGGGCAAUGGGAAUGCGAGUUAAUCUUCUUGUGGCCAACGCACAUCAUGUCAGCCUAAAUAUGACAGGAAGUGGUAUUUAUGCACCAAACGGUCCCAAAGUGUAUCAUUAUGACAUGAAGACAGAGUUGGGAAAAAUUCUCCUUUCGGAGGUGGAUUCACAUCCCCUAUCCUCGCUUGCCUACCCAACAGCUGUGAAUUGGAAUGCCUACGCCACCACCAUCAAACCAUUUCCAGUACAGAAAAACACUUUCAUGGGAUUUAUUUCCAGGGAUGGGUUCAACUUCACAGAACUUUUUGAAAACGCAGGAAAUCUUACAGUCUGUCAAAAGGAGCUUUGCUGUCAUUUAAGCUACAGAAUGUUACAAAAAGAAGAGAAUGAAGUGUACGUUCUAGGAGCUUUUACAGGGUUACAUGGCCGAAGAAGAAGAGAGUACUGGCAGGUCUGCACAAUGCUGAAGUGCAGGACUACUAAUUUGACAACUUGUGGACGGCCAGUAGAAACUGCCUCUACAAGAUUUGAAAUGUUCUCUCUCAGUGGCACAUUUGGAACAGAGUAUGUUUUUCCUGAAGUGCUACUUACCGAAAUUCAUCUGUCACCUGGAAAAUUUGAGGUGCUGAAAGAUGGGCGUUUGGUAAACAAGAAUGGAUCAUCUGGGCCUAUACUAACAGUGUCACUCUUUGGGAGGUGGUACACAAAGGACUCAUUUUACAGCUCAUGUGGGACCAGCAAUUCAGCAAUAACUUACCUGCUAAUAUUCAUAUUAUUAAUGAUCAUAGCUUUGCAAAAUAUUGUAAUGGUAUAGGGCGUCUCUUUAUCCCUCAGUUUCUGCAUCAUAUACUUGGCUAAAUAUGUUUAUCGGCUUCCCAAGUUUACUAAGAAACUUUGAAGGGCUAUUUCAGUAGUAUAGACCAGUGAGUCCUAAAUAUUUUUUCUCAUCAAGAAUUAUUUUUUAAGUAUUGUGAUAAUGUUCUCCAUUUUUUUGGCUACUCUGAAAUGUUGCAGUGUGGAACAAUAGAAAGAGCCUGGGUGUUUGGGUCAGAUAAAUGAAGAUCAAACUCCAGCUCCAGCCUCAUUUGCUUGAGACUUUGUGUGGGUUUGUAUGUAUGGGAGUGAGGAGUUUCAGGGCCAUUGCAAACAUAGCUGUGCCCUUGAAGAGAAUAGUAAUGAUGGGAAUUUAGAGGUUUAUGACUGAAUUCCCUUUGACAUUAAAGACAAUUUGAAUUCACCUAGUUUUCUAUGCUAAUGUUUAUCAGGAGAUUUACUUUCCAAUCAAAAGGGAAUGUUGACAUUUAUUUCUACAGUGAACGUAGUUUUGAGUGCUAGAAGAAUUGACGGCUGUUCCAAGUUCAUAUCAAAGGAGACCUGACCCAGGGCACUCAUAGCCCCAACUGUCCCACCUUAAGGCUAUGGCAUAAUUUAACAGGCAGAAAUCUCAUAACACAAAGACCAUGACAGUUAAAAGUUACACCAUUUUCAGCAUUUGGUUGACUUUUUACAAAAUACACAUAUUCCAUGCUACUUGAAGUAUACUAGUAUAUUUGUUAUUGAUC